UUUGUUUUGAACUUUCAAAUCAAAUCAAUGCGUGCUUCUUUUUACUGCAAGAUUUCUAUUUAAUUUAGUGGUAAAAAUCGCAAAAUUAACCGCCAAAAGUGAGUAUAUUGCAUUAAUCCAUGGUCAGCACACGAGCUCUCAAACCAAACAUCUAGCCAAAUUCGAGAGUUUAGGCAUCUGGAAUCAGGAGUAUCGAACCUUCAGUUCCUUUUUUUUUUUUUCAAAUGCAUAUUCUGUAUUCUUUUGCUUUUGAUUUUGAUUUUGAUUAGUAUUAUGGUUAUGGAUAUCCAGGACUUUAUGAGCUCCCGGUUCAACCAAUUAACAAACCGAGCAACAGAGGCCUUUUGAAGCUUGUGCUGAUUUGCUGAUAGCGUUUUCCACUUCUUAAACCCACGCCUAAGAAGAAGGGGGCGCUAAGAAAAGCUAGCUCUGAGCUUCCACAAUGAAACAUAUUCACCGCAGUACAAACCCAUUAGUCCAUCGCCGACGACGGUGAGUUGAGUUACUCUGAAGUCUGUAUUGGACGGCGAAAUCUAUUUUCUUUCCGUUGCAUUUUUAAGAUGGAUGAGCUGUUGAAGAAUAACUUGUUUGCCACCCAUGCUGUUGCAGCCGCUGGGUCUGUGGCACUGGGAACUGUUCUCACUUACCCGCUUGAUACCCUUAAAGCCCUUAUACAGGUUGGAUCAGUUCCAAGUAAACAAUUAAGACCAGCUCAGGUUGUUCAGAGAGUUCAAGCAUUCUCAGGGAUUUCAGGUCUGUACAGAGGUCUUGGGUGGUUGAUGCUAGGGAGGAUACCAAGUGUUGGAGCUCGAUUUGGUACAUAUGAACUAUUGACAGCAUUCUACAAAGAUGGUAGAGUAGACAAUUUUGUACAUGUCUCUGAGGCACUAAUGGCUGGAGUUGCUGCGGGUGCUGUGGAAUCAUUUGUGAGCUCUCCAUUUGAAAUUAUUAAGCUUCGUGCCCAGGUGACUUCAGCUUCUCGCAUAUCACACUCCACGCCAGUUGUUCAGAAUGGUGCUGUUUCACCCUUGAUUGCUAGAUUACUAAGUGGUUAUUCUCCAGACAUAAGGGCAAUGAACAAUUCUGUUGGUCUUCUAUCAACUUUGACAACCAAAUAUGCCAAUAUGAUUGAUGGCCUGAAAGAGUAUCCCUGGAUGAUGACGGGUUCUGGAAGAGCACCAUCAGUCAUUGAGGUCAGAAGGCCAUUACAAAUAUUUUCUUUCGAGGGAACAGGUGCUUUUUGGAGAGGCUGGAGAUCUGGAAUAGCUAGAGAUUCUACAUUUGGUGGAAUUUUUUUUUCUAGCUGGCAGUUUCUGCACAGAGCAAUGCUUGAAUGGAAAGCAGUUGGGAUGACACCCCCACCAAGGUCUGAUGAUGAAAUUGGUCCUUUGUCUCCUUUAGCUGUCAGUCUUGCUGCUGGAUUUUCUGGUUCAAUUGCUGCAGCUGCGUCUCAUCCUUUCGACACUGCAAAAAGUCGGUCAGAGUGUACAGUGCUUCCCAAGUACGUGUCCAUGGAGAGGAAGCUUCUAAAAUGGCCUAGGCCAGGGAAGAGAUUUGAGAGGUUCACAGGGAUUCAUCCUGCAGACAGGAAUAUACUAUUUCGUGGUGUUUGGUUGCGGAUGGCUCGUAGCGGGGUUGCAUCAUUUGUAGUAGUAGGGAGUUAUUACUGGGCAGUUGAUCACCUGCUUCCUAAAUGAAGUAUCUGAUACUUAUUGGAGGAUGUUAUGGUAUAUCGGGUAUGUUGAUUAGCCUAAAUUGAAAUAGCACAGCCCUCCAUGGGAUAUCAAAAUGCCAUCCUAAGAAGUUUUGAUACAGGUCCAAGUGAGAAACUUAAUGAGCGUAUUAACUUUGGGAUAUAGAACUGACAUCAUUGUUAGGAUUCAGAUCCGUGUGGUACCGUGCAGAUUUGGCUCGAGUCUAUCAGGUUGUAGUGGGAUUUGCGAAUGUCAGAGUGUGAUCAGAAACUUCUCAACAGAAUUGGAUAGUGCAAUGGUAGUAUAUUUUGUUUCAGUCAAACUUUUUGGGACGCAGAUUUACAGCCUGCUUAGGAAUGUAAUGCAGUAGAAUAGCGUAAAUCAGGGAGAAGUGUUACUGAAUUUAAUAUUGGGCAAGGGCCCAGCUAUUUGCCUGAGCUUUGUCAAUUUGCACUACAAGUGGUCUCUCCACUUGGCAGAAGUUGUCUCAGAUGGGAUGUUGUGCUCCAUCUUGUCUAUUGUGUUGAACUUUUUGAUCCAAGAAGUAGUGUUGACUCGGUUUUUGAGCUUUUCCUCUGACCUUUGAUGUGGAUAUCUGGAUUAAUAUAAUUAGCUUGGCUGAAAAGCCACAUUAAUGUA